UAUUCUCGCACAUUUCAUAAACACACGGAAUUUGAAAAAUAAAAAGUAAAGCGGAAAUUCAACUAUCACUCCGGGACGCACCGCUGAGGGCCCGCUCGGAGGAUGAUGAUCGGCCGGAAGAUUUGUCGGAAGGCGCAGCUGAUCGCCGCCGCCCAACGGUGGCUGUGCCCGCAAGCCUCGCCGGUUCCGGUGCCGGCGAGUCCUGCGCCUCUGCGGUGCUACUCUCAGCUCAGCUGCUCUCCCUCUGCCAUGGCGCCGUCCAGCUUCCCUGCUGCUCGCGUCCGAUCCCUGUCCAACAACCAGUACACAAUGAAGAGGAUGUGGUUUUCGAGCGAUGCGUUGGAAGAUGCUUUUUGUGGAGGGAUCGUUGAUGUUCCAUUAGCACAGACAGGUGAAGGCAUCGCUGAAUGUGAACUGCUUAAAUGGUAUGUAAAAGAGGGGGAUCAAAUUGAAGAGUUUCAGCCACUUUGCGAAGUUCAGAGCGACAAGGCAACAAUAGAAAUAACGAGCCGCUACAAAGGAAAAGUUGCUCAGAUUCUUUAUGCUCCUGGUGACAUAGUGAAGGUUGGUGAGACUCUUCUGAAGAUGAUUGUUGAGGGAUUUCACCUUCAACAGGAGGCUUAUGAUGGUUUAGAAAGUGUAGAUUCUCCCACUUCUGAGACAAUAAAGAGCAGAAGUUGUGGAGUGUUGUCCACUCCUGCUGUUCGAAGUCUUGCAAAGGAAUAUGGUGUAGACAUAACUGAUGUCCAUGGAACUGGUAAAGAUGGCAGGGUGCUGAAAGAAGAUGUGCUUAGGUAUGCUGUUGAAAAGGGAAUCUUAGAACAUGCUCCACCAGUCACUGCUAAACCAGAGCAGCAAUUUUCGGGAGGUUUGCAUGAUUCCCAAUAUGAAUCAGCUAAAUUUGGAUAUCAGUUCAACGAUGAGACACUGCCCUUGAGGGGUUUUAAGCGCACAAUGGUCAAAACAAUGUCCAUGGCAGCAACAGUGCCCCAUUUCUAUUAUGUAGAUGAGAUAAACUGCGAUGCCCUUGUUGAGCUCAAAAAAUCUUUUCAGGAGAGUAACAGCGACCCAAAUGUUAAGCACACUUUUCUCCCAUUGCUGAUUAAGUCUCUUUCAAUGGCUCUGAGCAAAUGUCCCUUGAUGAACAGCUGUUUCAUUGAGGAAUCACUAGAGGUCAUUCUCAGAGGUUCCCACAAUAUUGGGAUUGCGAUGGCUACUCCGAAUGGUCUUGUUGUACCAAACAUAAAAAAUGUUCAGUCACUUUCCAUCUUGGAGAUAACGAAGGAGCUCUCGAGGUUGCAAAAAUCAGCUUUAGAUAAUAAGCUUAGUCCCGAUGACUUAUCAGGUGGAACAAUAACGUUAAGCAACAUUGGAGCCAUUGGUGGAAAGUUCGGGUCGCCCCUUCUCAACCUGCCUGAAGUUUCCAUAAUCGCAGUUGGCCGGAUCCAAAAGGCGGCACAUUUCUCGGAUGACGGAAAUGUCUAUCCUGUAUCUAUGAUGACGAUAAAUAUAGGUGCUGAUCACAGAGUCCUCGAUGGGGCUACGGUUGCUACAUUCUGUAAUGAGUGGAAGCAAUAUAUCGAAAAGCCAGAGUUGCUUAUGUUGCAAAUGAGGUGACCCUAGCCUUCUCCUGUUCGCAAUGGAGCAAAUGGGAAGCUAUAGCUUGGGUCGUGAAUCGUGGGGGAAAACUUCAGCUCGUUGACGUUGAUAAGUAAUCAACUUAUACUCCGGCAUGGCCAUUACAUUUGGAUGUACAGUCAGAAAUAAAUGUUACCAUUUGAAUCAAAGAAACGAAAAGAGAAAAUGAUAAUGCCAUGUAGAAUAUGAUCGA